AUUAUUGAUUGAGUAAAACAAUAUAAAACUCAAAAAAAAAUAAUUAAGAAGAACAAAAACAAUAACGACAACAUGUCUAACAAAGUAAAAAUAAAAGUAAUUAGUCGAAACCCAGAAGAUUAUUUACGAGCAACAAAAAGAGAUAUCCAUAAAAUACCCAGAAAUUAUGAUCCUAAUUUGCAUCCACUAGAAGGGCCUCGAGAAUAUGUUCGCGCUUUAAAUGCGGUUAAGCUUGAAAGAGUGUUUGCAAAACCAUUUAUUGGUAAUCUAGAUGGACAUACAGACGGUGUCUCUACUUUAGCAAAACAUCCAAGUCGAUUAGCAGUAUUAGCUAGUGGGGCGUUUGACGGCGAAAUUAGAUUAUGGGAUUUGGCCAGUCGAAAGUGUACUAGACAUUUUGUUGCACAUGAAGGCUGGGUCCGUGCUAUUUCUUAUGUUCCAAAUGGACAACAAUUCAUCAGUGUUGGUGAUGAUAAAACAAUUAAAACUUGGAAGGCAGAAGUUAAAGAUGAAAGUGAUGAAGAUCCUGUCAAUACAUUACUGAGCAUGUCAGUUGUGUCUGGCAUCUCACAUCAUAGGUCUAAACCAAUUUUUGCAACAUGUGGAGAGCAUUGUCAACUGUGGGAGAAUACAAGGAGUGAACCUAUUAAAGUUUUCAAGUGGGGAGUAGAUAGUCUACAUCAUGUGGCUUUUAAUCAGGUAGAGUCUAAUCUCUUAGCAUCAUGUGCGAGUGACAGAAGUGUUAUAUUGUAUGAUUUCCGUGAGUCUGGUCCACUGAGAAAAGUUGUAAUGGAAUUGAGAUCAAAUGCGCUCUCCUGGAACCCAAUGGAAGCCUUUAUAUUCACUGUAGCAAAUGAAGAUUACAACUUAUACACAUUUGAUGUGAGAAAAUUAAAACAACCUGUUAAUGUGCACAUGGACCAUACAUCUGCUGUUAUAGAUGUAGAUUAUUCACCGACCGGUAGGGAAUUUGUGUCAGGUAGCUACGACAAAACAGUAAGAAUAUUUGAGAGCCUUAAAGGUCAUUCAAGAGACGUAUACCACACCAAGAGAAUGCAAAGAUUGACUUCUGUGAAAUGGUCUUUAGAUAAUAAAUACAUAUUAACUGGAUCAGAUGAAAUGAAUAUAAGAAUGUGGAAAGCUAAAGCAUCAGAAAAGCUUGGAAUUCUAAAACCAAGGGAGCGUACAGCACUCAAUUAUGCAGAUGCAUUGAAAGAUAAAUUUAGUGGGCACCCACAAGUAAAGAGAAUAGCACGUCACAGACAUGUGCCAAAACAUAUUAUUAAUGCGCAAAAAGAAAUUAAAACGAUUAAAGAGAAAAACAAACGCAAGGAGGCUAAUCGAAGAGCACAUAGCAAACCAGGCGCCGUGCCAUUUGUUGUUGAACGCAAAAAACAUGUGGUCAAAGAGGAUGAGUGAUGCUUACACAUCAUUUAUACUUAUAAUUACAUAAGUAUGUUUUUACAAAUCUAUUAUGUGUAAGCUAAGACAUUUUCACUGAAUAAACCAAUCCCCAUAAUAAAUA